AUUGGUCGAUCAGUUCGAUUGUGCUACGAAGUACGACGAGUCGGUCGAUAGGCAUCCUCAGAAAUUCCACUAGUACGGUACAUCGAAGAAACGACGCGACGAGGUGUGCAGUGGCGGGUCGGACGAGUUGUUUUCCUCCGUUUGUUUACCAAAAAUCGAAUAGAUCGGAAGCCGAAUAGAUGGCUUCUGAAACUGGAUCCACCAUCCAGGGUAACCUCGAUGAUUUCUCCAAGCAAAGCCGAAUCCAAAUCGUUCAAAACAAAGAUAGUGAACUAGGCGCGCCAAUAAGACGAACUGGCUCUCUCAGGCUACCGAAAUCAUCGGACUCGAAUAUCGUCGAUCAUAAUCGAUUGUACGUAUCAUCAUUCGAUGGAAAAUCAUCAGUGUCCAUGACAUGGACACCAGAUAAAAGCGAUGAUACACCAGUCCGGCCCGCUAGGCACUCCGCACCUGCGAUCGACGCACCUGCGCCGGAAUACCUCGCCAGAAAUCUUUUGCAACUCGGCUGUCCGGUCGUGUCAAUGCCCACACCUCGUGGAGGAGUAGGGUCAGAACCUCCGCAGAGUAGCGACAGCGAUGAAUUCUCGACGACGCAUACCCAACAACAAAGUCAUGGGUAUGGUCAAGGACAGGUGGAUGUCUACAACUUGCCCAAAGUCCAGGUGUCGGGACCAUCAAACAAUGAUGAAUCCUCUUCCGUCGUCAAUGGGUCUGCGGGGUCCAUAGGAGCACGAUCUGCUCCCAGCACGCCUCUUCAAGUAGCUCCUGCUACGCAACAAGCGGGCCAGCAGUCAAUUAGUGGUUCCCAGCUUACAGUGGCCGCUGCCAAUAACUCUCAGCCUCCGAAGAGCCCGAGCCACGUGGCCUUGAGAUGUAACGACAGCCAUCUUUCUAAACCGCUCAGCAGAAGUACACCAUCAAUGGCAGCUGGUAGUACCGUGCAGACUCCAGGAAAGGUUAGCAGAUCUUCGUCCACAUCGUCACCAACAACUACCAGCAGCGCGAGGCAGAAGAAAUUCCACAGGCAUUUCUCUCAGGUCGCUGCGGACGAACGAGUAUUGAACUACUAUAGCUGCGCGCUGGUAGGCGACAUCCUGCUGCAAGGACACCUGUACAUCACACCGAAUUACUUUGCGUUCUACAGCAAUGUGUUUGGUUACGUAACGAAGCUGCUGAUACCUACAGUCUCCGUGUUGAAAAUUAGCAAAGAGAAGACAGCUCGAAUCAUUCCAAAUGCGGUGGCAAUCGCCACCCUAGACGAAAGGCAUGUCUUCUGUUCCCUCCUAUCUAGAGACUCGACAUUCAAGCUGAUGAAACAGGUUUGGGAUGCAGCGAUAGAGUCACAACCGUCGCCGACGAUUCUACCGCUGACCAACGAGCAAAAUCUUCUUGCACCGGACACGCUGGUGGUCGAUGACUCCGAAGUGAAUCCCGAAGAAGAUGACUCCAGCAUGUCUGAAAGCGGGACGGACUUGAAUUCCAGACCGCCGACAGUUUGCAACGACACCGAUGGUGUUACACUGCCAAUUGUCAGGCCGAGUUUGCCACCACCUGCAAAGGUGGAACCACCACCAGUUCCGUUGCACUCAACCACGUCCAACAAGUUCAAAGUUAUCUUAUCCUUGUUCACGGGUGGAAUGAAGACUAGUACAGUGAUCACCAUUCUGGUAGCUCUUCUGGCAGCUCUCUAUUUGUCGGCGGCUCUGAUGAUGAUUCGCAUCGACAGACUACACACGGCGUAUCUAAACCACCCUCUUGUUUCACCGGAACGUUUCACUCAAGAUCGGCUUCUGCAUUACCUUAAUACGAACCUCGAUCAAAUAGUCAAAGUGCGACAAAGUCUACAGACGUUAUCACAGCAGUUCGUGUCGAUGAGCCAAAGCGACGUAACGGAGCCGAGCGUAUCCGGUGGCGUGGGGGAGCCGGAAGAUGCUCCGAGUUAGCCCUCGAUGAGGCUAAAUAAUUUAAUGCAACCAAAUAAUACGAGUCCCCCUCGCCUCGCUAGCGUAUGAAGCGUCUCGUAUUAAUACGUCGUUGUCUUCGUGGUCGGCGUCGAUUAUAUUCGGCGUGCGAAAAUAGCGAUUCGGGCGACUGAUUGAUGGUGUCGCUUCGACGAUUUUGAAUAGGCAAUUAUUAUCGUUAGUUUACCUAGAUCUAUCUGAAGAGGUUCUAAAAGAAUAGGCUGUUCAAAUUAAAACGACAAAAGAUACAAAAAGAGAAGAAAAUAACGAACAGAAAAAUUUCGAGCAGAGAUCGCAACGAUCCUGCACGCCUAGACCGAAGAGCAUGCGUAACUCGAUUUUUGAUUUUCAGUCACGCUUUCAGAAUUUAAUUAAGAUGCUUCAAAGCAGUACACAGACGAAAUAAAUGUAAAAAAAAAAAAAAUGAAAAAAGGAAAAAAAAAUGAACGCCGUAUAUAUGGUACACAUAUAAAUCAUAUUAUUUAUAUGCACAAGAAUGUGUGCAAGCAAUUGUACGAUGUAUAAUAUGAUGUAAACUGAAUUGAUAAACAUAAAGGAAAAAAGAAAUCGAGCGCGCAAAGCGAGCGAAGGGAUUUUCGUUUUUGAACUAGUCACGUAUUAUAAUAAAUGCCCCACAUACAACAAGAGUAUAAUGA